AACAACGCCGUCGCGGUGCACCCGUUUACCCGGAGCACGGUGCUCAAUCGACAUGUAAUCGCGCGGUAACGCGUUAUCGUUAUAAGGCCGUAGUACCCCGCAUGGACCAGUUGGCGAGGUUUGCCGAGUUGUCGCCCGUCGCUGUCGUCCGAUACGCUUUGCACCUGUUUACCGCUGUCGUCACCUACACGUAUUCGUGCGGCCGCCGGCUCGCUGACCAUGGACUCGCGAGCGUCAUCUCUGUCCCCAGUGAUCGACCCAGACGACUCGAGAUCACCUCCCGGAACGCCGCCGCCGGUUCAGGCGUUAUUGGAUCACGACAAAUGCUCUCAAAGCGACCAUCGCGUAGCGUCCAGCGCGACUCCGGCAAGCUCGCCUUUGCCUGAAGAUCGUCACCGGGUCCUUAUAUCUGCUAUUACAGAUUUAAAAAAGUCCAAAGAUGAUAUUACUGAUGAUUAUCGUCAAAGUUUUGACGAAUCGAAACUUAACAAUAACAAACAUCCCGGAUCGUCCAAUAAACAGCGACGUAGUCGAACUAAUUUCACACUAGAACAGCUCAACGAACUAGAAAGGCUUUUUGACGAAACGCAUUAUCCUGAUGCGUUUAUGAGAGAAGAACUUAGUCAACGGCUUGGUCUAAGUGAAGCUAGGGUACAAGUAUGGUUUCAAAACCGACGAGCCAAAUGUAGAAAACACGAAAGCCAAAUGCACAAAGGUCUAAUGAUGCAGCAAAAUGUCUCCACGCCUUUGGAACCUUGUCGGGUUGCUCCUUACGUGAACGUACCCAGACUGCCACAGCUACAGUUUAGCACAACGGCCGCAGCCGCAUUUUCUGCAUUCGAUCCGGCCAUUUUGAAUGCAGCACAGCAGUUGCACUACGCGGUAACUAUGGGACGAGGCGUUCUAUGUCCUUCUCCAUACCCAUCUGGAGGACUAAGUCUAGCUACUCUAGCGGCGUUACAUCAAGAUAGACUGAUAACCAAAAACUCUAGUAUAGCAGACUUAAGGUUAAAAGCUAAAAAACACGCAGAAGCCAUAAGCAGAGAUCAAGAAAUUAUUUAAUUACAUUCAUUGUAAUUAUAAUUUAUAUUUUGUUUUGUAUAAUAUACAGUGGCGUAAAUAAGAGGGCUCAGAGAGUACAGUUGUACCCGGACCCAAACGUUUUAGGGACCCGAAUACUAGUUUUUUUUUAAUAUACUUAUAUAUAUAUUUAUACGUAUAGUAUACAUUUUUUACCCGCGGUUAUUUUUGUACUCGGGCCCAAAUUUUAAAGUUGCGCCACUGAUAUUAUCAGUUGUUUACUUCAAAGUAUCUUUUAAGUGAGUACUAGUAUACUUAGUAGUUCACGUCUCUUUAAUUUAUAAUAUGGUAAUCAUAUUAUGUUCUUCGACCUACCUGUUCUUGAUGUACAUUAAAGUGAGCAUGAGACUUAAAAAUUAAGUGUACUAAUCAAAAUUUGUUUCUACU